AACAAUAACCUAUAUUCGUUUUCUUGUUAAAGUCAGUUAAAGUGUUGAGAAAUAAUUUAAAACAAAUCGUUAGAAUAUUAUUAAAAUAUGUCGCCGGAUUUGGAUAGAAUUAAUUCGAUAUUGGAUAAGUUGACUUUAGAUUCUUUAACACUGAUGGAGAAACAUAUCCAGAGCAAACUGGAAUUAGAAAAGUGCAUGUCAGAAGGUGAAUCAAAUUUAGCCAAAGCUAGGUACAUAAAAGGACAAAAUGCAGUUUCUCAACUACAAUUGCCCACUGAGGACAGCAAAGAGUUCAAUGCUUUAGCUACAGUUCAUCGAGAUAAAAAUAGCAAGUUGCAAGAAGAGGUAUUUGAUUUGGAAAUUAGGAAAGCAACAAAUGAGGAGAAUCCCUUGAAGUGGUUUGGAAUUUUGAUACCACAGAGCAUGCACAAAGCACAGGAUGACUACAAAAGGUCCCUACAUCGAGUCAAGGAAUCAGCAAAUAUUCAAGUGCAAUUGCAUCAAACACUUUCAACUAUGAAACAAAUGAAAUUGUUAAAAAAACAAAUUAUGUGCAAAGAAUAAAAAUGAUCAUUAUAUUCAUUA